AUGUUUUCAUACAUUCUGUACAUCGCUUUGGCACUUUUGCCGAUAUUGCUUUACUACUGGAAAAAUCCUUACUUUCUCGACGACUUAAGUUACACAAUCUCCGCGAUAAAAGUCGGCAUCCGUCUGAGCAAAAACAGAAAAAACUUUCAAGGUAUUUUGGGGCGUUUCUUCGACGACGUGAAGAAGCAUCCGCACAAGAAGUUCAUAGUUUUCGAGGACGCUUCCUACACGUACAUCCAGGCCGAUAAGGAGAGCAACAAAGUGGCCAGAGCUCUAUCCGCGCAUGUGCAGCUGAAGCCGGGGGACACGGCGGCCCUGUUCCUGGGAAACGAACCCCACUUUGUGUGGAUGUGGCUCGGACUGGCCAAACUGGGGUGCACGGCGGCUCUGCUCAACAACAACAUCCGAUCCAAGUCUCUGCUGCACUGCUUCUCCUGCUGCGACGCCAAAGUCCUGAUCGUUGGUGCAGACCUGCGAGGGGCUGUGGAGGAGGUGCUGCCCGCCUUGAAGCAGCAGGGCAUCCAAGUGUUCAUCCUCAGCGAGCACUGUGACGUGGAGGGCAUCCAAAGCUUCUCUGAUAAAAUCCAGCAGGCCUCAGACGAGCCGGUGUCGCCUCAGCUGGCCAACCUUAACCUUAAGAGCCCUGCGCUGUACAUUUACACCUCAGGAACUACAGGGCUUCCCAAAGCCGCUGUGGUCAACCAAGAGAGGGUACUGAUGGCAUCCUGUCUCCAGUCCAUGGCUGGUGUGCGCUCAGACGAUGUCGUCUACAUUUACCUGCCUCUGUACCACUCUGCUGGUUUCCUGAUGGGCCUUUGCGGAGCUAUAGACCAAGGCCUCACUGUUAUUUUAAGACGUAAAUUCUCUGCGUCCAACUUCUGGAAUGACUGCAGGAAGCACAAUGUGACUGUUAUUCAGUACAUAGGAGAGAUUAUGCGCUACCUCUGCAACACACCAAAGAAAGACAAUGACAGGGAUCAUAAAGUCCGGUUGGCUGUGGGAAAUGGAAUAAGGGCCGACACAUGGGCCGACUUCCUGGAUCGAUUUGGAAACAUUCGCAUCUGUGAAUGCUACGGAGCCACCGAAGGAAACGUCGGCUUUGUCAACUACGUUGGCAAAAUCGGAGCAAUUGGCAGAGAGCAUUUUCUCCACAAAAAAGCAAACCCGUAUGCCCUCAUAAGGUACGACACAGAGAAAGAGGAACCCGUCAGAGACUCCAGAGGCUUUUGUAUUGAAGUCCCAGUAGGAGAGACCGGUUUGUUCGUGGGAAAGAUUUCAAAGAGAGCGCCUUUCAGCGGCUACGCCAAGAACAAGCAGCAGACGGAGAAGAAGAAGCUGAAGGACGUGUUUGAGAAGGGAGACCUGUACUUUAACAGCGGCGACCUUCUGAGGAUAGAUGACGAGGGAUUUGUCUACUUUCAAGACCGCAUCGGAGACACUUUCAG